AUGGUGGUGAUAGUAAGAAUAAUGGUGAUGAUGAGUAAGAAUAAUGGUGAUGAUAGUAAGAAUAAUGAUGAUGAUGACCUCCACCUACACAUCCCAGCCUCCACCUACACAUCCCAGCCUCCACCUACACAUCCCAGCCCCCAGCAACACAUCCCAGCCUCCACCUACACAUCCCAGCCUCCACCUACACAGCCCAGCCUCCAUCUACACAUCCCAGCCUCCACCUACACAUCCCAGCCUCCACCUACACAGCCCAGCCUCCACCUACACAUCCCAGCCUCCACCUACACAUCCCAGCCUCCACCUACACAUCCCAGCCUCCACCUACACAUCCCAGCCUCCACCUACACAUCGCAGCCUGCACCUACACAUCGCAGUCUGCACCUACACAUCCCAGCCUCCACCUACACAUCCCAGCCUCCACCUACACAUCCCAGCCUCCACCUACACAUCCCAGCCUCCACCUACACAUCCCAGCCUCCACCUACACAUCCCAGCCUCCACCUACACAUCCCAGCCUCCACCUACACAUCCCAGCCUCCACCUACACAUCCCAGCCUCCACCUACACAUCCCAGCCUCCACCUACACAUCCCAGCCUCCACCUACACAUCCCAGUCUCCACCUACACAUCCCAGCCUCCACCUACACAUCCCAGCCUCCACCUACACAUCCCAGCCUCCACCUACACAUCCCAGCCUCCACCUACACAUCCCAGACUCCACCUACACAUCCCAGCCUCCACCUACACAUCCCAGCCUCCACCUACACAUCCCAGCCUCCACCUACACAUCCCAGCCUGCACCUCCGCCCCUCUCUCACAGUCUCCCCCACACUUCCAAACACCUACAUAAAACGACCAAUGUUAAGCAGGAUAUAA